GUUUCUAUUCUCCCUCACCAUGGCAGCAGUUUCGUUUCUUCACUGUCAGCUGGAGAGUGUAUAAAAGAUGGGCUGAGCAGUCUGUGAGUGCUUCACUGGAAUUCUCACCAGCAGAAAGCAUCAUGUCUGACCGGAACGUCCACAGCGCUGGGUUCACUCCCUCUGGGAUCACAUCAGGAUCCCUUGCUUCAUCACUGAUGUCCCAAGAAGCAAGAGCCUCUGGGGGAGGUGUGCCUUCUGGAGGCCCCACUUCUACUCUCCAGGAAAUGGGUGCCAGGGGCACAACCCACUCAUCAGGUUAUACCAGCAGUGGGAUCGCUGGUGGCUCCGUGGCCUCCAGCAGGAUGUCUCAGGAGGCCACAGCUCACGGAGGUGGAGUUCCCAGAGGCAGCACCACUUCCACUGUGCAGUCCAUCUCCAUGGGUGGAAAAGGAGGAAGACGUUGAAUAGAGGAAAAACAUCAGUCUGGAAAUAAGUACUACAAGCAGUUCACCCUUCACCGUUGGCUAUGACAAUUUCUCCCCUUCUGUGAUCUCCCUGUUAGGAAAGGCAAAGCCUUCCACAUGUACAAAUAAAGUUUCUGUUAAAAUGAUGGAUUCUUGCAUUAAAUUAAUGGGGUUGGAGAUGAGGGAUGGUUCUUUCCUCCAUUAAGUAUUCCCUGAAGCACAGACAAACACAAGCCAAUGGAAGUUAAGGUACUUGGACUGCAAGGCUGCCUUAGGAAAAUCCUGGGUUUAGCACUAGGCUCCUCAAUUGCAAGUAGCUUGCUUUAUUUAUAUUACAAAAAGUAAUUACAGUGCAAAAGUCACCCUGUUGUGAGAGAGAAACGUAGAAACACUUAGUAAGGGACAGACAGAUGUUCCUUUUAGAUGUACUUCUAAUAGGCUAUCAAAUUAAAUUCUACUUAAUAAAGGAGACACAGCAAACAAA